AUGGCGGCUGCAGAUCAGAGCAUGAGCCUCAUGGACGGCACGUACUUUGUCGGGCGCAAGGAGAUCCUGGACUGGAUCAACUCCUUGUGCGGCGUGUCCCUCGCCAAGGUCGAGCAAACGUGCACAGGCGCCGUGGCCUGUCAGAUCCUGGACGCCAUGUACCCAGGCAAAGUCCAGAUGAGCAAAGUCGAUUGGUCGGCCAAUAAGGACUACGAGUACAUCCAGAACUACAAAGUCCUGCAGAAGGCGUUCGUGCAGCUCAAGAUUGACAAGCACGUGGAAGUCGAUCGACUCGUGCGGGGCAAGUACCAGGACAACCUCGAGUUUAUGCAGUGGUUCAAGGCCUUUUACGAGCGCAAUGCGUCGGGUCAGCCCUAUGAUCCUGUCGCACAGAGGGAGAAAGGGAAAGGUGGAGCGCAGUUUACCAGCAAGUUUGGGGGAGGACGAGCAGCAGCUGCCGCGUUCUCGUCGGGAGCCGCUGCUCCGAUGCGUCGAAAAGUCGGAGCAGCAGCAGCUGCAGCUACGACAACAAGAGUUGGGGCUCGGACAGCAUCAUUGGGGGCUGCUUCAAUGACGGCAGCACGUCCUGUGAAGACGUCGAUGGGGACAUCGCGUCGGCCGGUUGGAAGCACUGGAUCGUCUACGAGCUCUGCUAUGUCGGCAGCGGAUACGGAAGCUGCGAUUGCAGCAGCUACGGAGCCGUUGGAAAAAGAGCUGGAGGAGCUGGCAGCCAACAAUAAAGACUUGAUGAAAGAGAGCGGCGAGUUGCGGGCAAUGGUGGAAAGCUUGGAGAAGGAACGGGACUUUUACUUUCACAAACUGCGCGAGGUGGAGAUCAUGCUACAGGCGACCGAUGAGAGCGAGACGAACCCGUUGGUCCAGGCGGUUUUUAAGGUACUGUACGCUACUGAGGAAGAUGGACCCGAGGACGAGCAGCUGGCAGGUGAACCACAGGACGAGCAAAUGUAG